AUGAAGCGACCAGCGACAGUUUCAACUCCAUCUCAAGCAUCAGUCUAUGAUCCCACACGAAAUCAGUCUGUUUAUAGCGAGCCAAAUCCGCGCCUUCCAUACAACCCAAAAGACAGUGCCUCUGACUUGAGUCAAGCCAGUCUAAACUCAUACGAAUCAUCAUCUCUAUCAUCAAAUAUCUCAACCCCCCUCCACCGCCGUCCGCCCGCUCUAUCCGUGCUCUCUUAUACCACACAGGCACCGGGCCAACAUUGUCAAAGCUGCUCUAAUCAUUACCCUGGUCAGUUUGUAUGGACAAAAUCGUCCUCCACAACCAUCUCUGUAGCAUCGCCGUAUUUCUACGACAACAACCCCCAACUUACCCAGCCGAUUGCUGAGCUGGAUACUUAUCCAUAUCAUAUGGUCCCAAUAGCUGAUUCACCACUCCACCAUAACCAGUCGAGCGAUCAGACAAUGGCUGUGCAGGUUAACGUAACACCUGUUGAGCUUCCUGCGGAGGAGAGGCAACAUGCAAAGCCCAAUCUACGUCGUCAAACUAUGCGCCUUGGUUCCAGUAGGCAUGGGCGUACUCUCAGCGAGCUAGGCUCAUCGUUACACCAGCAAGAACAAAAGCGGCACUAG